AUGGGCGACCCUGCUCCUGCGGCCACACAGAACGACAAUGGCUCGCAUAUGGUGUUCAACAUGCUCGAGGAUAAAUAUAUCGGCCUGACGUUGGCGAUAAUAUCGACGUUGGCCAUCGGAACCAGUUUUGUGAUCACGAAGAAGGGCCUUAACGACGCCGCGGACAAGCAUGGCUUCGAAGGAGAUGGAUUCGCAUACCUGAAAACACCGCUGUGGUGGGCUGGCAUAUCCUCACUGGUGGUGGGCGAGAUCGCCAACUUCGCCGCAUACGCUUUUGCCCCUGCGAUUCUGGUCACUCCGUUAGGCGCGCUCAGCGUGCUGAUCGGGGCGGUGCUGGGCGCAUACUUCCUGGAGGAAGAGCUGGGAGUGUUGGGGAAGCUGGGCUGCGCUAUAUGUUUGCUGGGCAGCGUGAUCAUUGUGCUUCAUGCGCCGCCGGACAAGGAGAUCGAGACAGUCGAUCAGAUCCUGGCGUACGCGAUCAAACCAGCGUUCAUUAUCUAUUGCUUAGCCGCGAUCGUCUUCUCGACUGUGAUGAUAUACAAAGUGGCGCCGGUAUACGGCAAGAAGAAUCCUCUCAUCUACAUCUCGAUUUGCUCUACCGUCGGCUCGGUAUCGGUCAUGUCAGUCAAGGCGUUCGGCAUCGCGGUGAAGCUGACGUUUGCGGGCAACAACCAAUUCACCCACCCCUCGACCUAUGUCUUCAUGAUUGUCACGAUCGUGUGUAUUCUCACCCAGAUGAAUUACUUCAACAAGGCCCUCAGCCAGUUUUCCACCUCGAUCGUGAAUCCACUGUACUACGUGACUUUCACGACAGCCACAUUAUGCGCGUCGUUUAUCCUGUUCUCGGGGUUCAACACGACGGAUGCGGUCAACACGAUAUCCCUGCUCUGCGGGUUUCUGGUCAUCUUCUCGGGAGUUUACCUACUCAAUCUCUCGCGGGGUGACCCCGACGGGCAUCGAUUACUCAACGGCAAAAUCCCAGAAGAAGAUGGGAUUCCCACGGAUCCGUUGGCGACCUUUCAAACACGGAGGAGUAUGCAAGCCAGGAGGAGCCUCGAUCCGCACCGGCGGAGUAGCAGCCUCACGUUCAGCCCGGGCGGGAUAUUGAGGGGCGAGGGUCGGCACGCCAGCGCUGAAAGCGCAGGACUAAUGCACAACUAUGAUGUGGAGCACAGUGCCUUUGGACUGUCUGAUCUUGUAGAAGAUCCGGAAGAGAUGCGCGGGCCCUCAAAACAAGGUAGUACGAGUCGGAGUCGGAGUCCAGCCGACGGGUCGCUCGUGACGAGGUUACAUGACCGACCGCAUCAGAAGAGUUUAGGCCGGUGA